AUGAUGUAUAUUUUGUUUUUGUUUAUUUUAUGCCCUUUGGUCAGUCAUGGAGGUCAAUUUCAUUGCAGUCAAGACUCUGCCAUGGUUAGCUUUAAGCGCCCGACUUAUGAUUUCUCGGUUCGCAUACUAGAUCGUGUCUCACAGGAAUCCGGUAGCCAUUUCGUUUUUUCUCCUAUAUCGACAUGGCUACAGUUAAUGACGCUUGCCGAAGGUGCAAAAGGGCCUACAGCAGAUGAAUUAUGGAAAGUAACAAGAUAUCACAGAAUGAAAUGCUUCCGUAGAAAAUAUCGAGAAAUCCUUAAUUUAAUGAAUGACGAACUAUUGCCAAUGACAAAAAGAUCCAGUACCAUCGUAGUAAAUAAAUUGUUAGAUGUAAAAACAUCAUUUACAAAUGAAGUGAUAAAAAGUAAGGAAACAAAAGUGCUUUUGCUAGACUUUGAUGAUCCAGCAGGUUCAGCUGGGAAGGUUAACAAUAUUAUUAAAACAAAUAUGAAUGGAGUUAUUGAGGACGGAUUAUAUCAAGAUGCGUAUGAUUUUAAUUUAACUGUGUUGUUAUUAGCCGACACAGCGUACUUUAGAAGUGACUGGCAGGUACCAUUCAACCCAGUAUACACGUCAAAGGAAACAUUCUACUCGGAAGAAAACGAACCUAUAGGUGAUGUUAAACUGAUGACUCAAAUUGGAUACUUCAACGUAACUGAUGUCUCAUAUGUGAAUGCUAGGAUCUUGGAACUACCUUUUAGCCCAGAAGGCAGAGUAUCAAUGUUAAUACUACUACCAAAGGUUGGUUCGGUAAAAGAUAUGUAUUACAAGUUGAAAGACAUUCGUUUGAUGACCAUAUACAGUUUAUUGAAACUAACAGGCCCAACAUUGGUCUCCGUAAAAUUGCCACGGUUUAAAAUAACGACGAAUUUGGUAAAUAUACCUGAAUUAUUAUAUGAUAUGGGUGUUAAGAGAGUAUUUUACCCGAAUUUGGCUGAUUUAAGCGGGAUAAGUGAUCAUGCGACGCAUGCUUCAAUAAUGACUCAAAUAGCUGAUAUAGAAAUAACAGAAAAAGGAGCCAAUGCCAGUUCUAUGGCUGAGUUUCUCAUAUCCAAUCCGUACACAAAAGAAGAAUUUGUCGCAAAUCGUCCUUUUGCUUAUUUAAUAGUUGAUAAGAAAACUGAUAUCAUUUUAUUCGCUGGUAUGUACAGUAAUCCGUCUAUUUAUUAA